AGAGGAAUAGAGACUGUAGAGAGAAAGAGAGAUCGCCAUGGCAACGAAGUCAGUUUCUUCCUUGACCAUAUUUUUCAUCCUCUUUCUGGUUAUCUUUGAAGUGUCGGAGUCGACAAAUGCGCAGGAUAGAAAAUGCCUGAAAGAGUACGGCGGCAACGUGGGUUUCAGCUUCUGUGCGCCUAAGAUAUUUCCGUCAUUCUGUUAUCGGAGAUGCCGUGACAACAAGGGCGCUAAAGGUGGAAGAUGCCGUUCGGGAGCUGGUGGUCUGAUAUGCUUAUGCGACUUCUGCAGCGACAAGCCUUGAUCAGCCAUCGCUAAACGCUUUGUCAAUACACGCACACGCUUACAUUGUGUCAUGAUGGUUUGUGUAAUAAAUUAAGGUCAAUUAUGGUCCAAGUAAUAAUAUUACUAAUGAAUAAGUGAUAUAAAACAGACACGUACGAUUUUGUUUCUGUAAGGAUAAGUAUGUGUUAUCAACUCAUCAUCAUUUUCUUUGGCAUCCUUUAA